GAGCAGGACGGCGCGCAGAGGGACGCGAAGCCCGCGAGCCUCGUGCGAUGUUCAACGAUUAGGCUGAUCGAAGCCGGAGCGCACGGUGACGUGACAGUCUACGUGUAGAAACGGGCGCGCGCGCGCGCGCACACACACACACACACACACACACACACACACGGAGGGACGGAGGGAGAGUUGUGCGGAUGUUCACGAGAAAUGAUCCGCUCCUAGACUAUGGCACCGUCGGGCUCACGCAAUAUCAAGAAGGGCUGUUGGAGAGUUCUGUACUGGAUCCCGGUGCUCUUCAUCGCCCUCGUAGUGGCGUGGUCAUACUACGCGUAUGUGUUGCAGCUUUGCAUAGAGUCCAUCGAGCACACGGGAGAGAAGGUGAUAUACUUGCUGGUGUAUCAUGUGGUCUUCAUCAUGUUUGUGUGGGCGUACUGGCAGACCAUCUUCACCAGGCCCAUGAACCCCCUGAAGGAGUUUCACCUGUCCUACUCCGACAAAGAGCUGCUGGAGCGGGAGGACCGGGGGGAGUCCCAGCAGGAGAUCUUGAGGAGGAUCGCCAGGGAUCUUCCCAUCUACACGCGCACCAACUCCGGAGCAAUCCGUUUCUGUGACCGCUGCCAGCUGCUGAAGCCUGAUCGAUGUCACCAUUGUUCAGUGUGUAAUAAAUGCAUCCUGAAGAUGGAUCACCACUGCCCCUGGGUGAACAACUGCGUGGGAUUCUCCAACUACAAGUUCUUCAUGCUGUUCUUAGCGUAUUCUCUGCUCUACUGCCUUUUUAUAACCGCUACAGAUCUCCAGUACUUCAUUAAGUUUUGGCUGGCUGGAGGUAGAGCCCAUUUCCGUCUAAGGGAGUACCUGAACGGCCUCCCAGACACUCAGGCCAAGUUCCACAUCCUGUUCCUCUUCUUCUCGGCCUGCAUGUUCUCAGUCAGCCUGGCUUCUCUUUUGACCUACCACUGCUGGCUUGUCUGCAGGAACAGAUCCACCCUCGAGGUUGUGCGUGCUCCAGUGUUCCGCCACGGCACCGAUAAGAGCGGUUUCAGUCUGGGCUUCAGUAAGAACUUCCGCCAGGUCUUUGGGGACGAAGUUAAAUACUGGCCUAUUCCUGUUUUCUCUGGUUUAGGGGACGGCUGCUCGUUCCCAACCUGUCUGGUAAAUCUGGACCCGGAGCAGCCUUCAUCAUCGCCCACUCGCUCCCACCCUGUUAGUAAGAGUGCGGCAGACGGCCGCCAGUCGAAGCCACUGACGGAGUCUCAGAGUCGGCUGCUCACCAGCACCAUCUGCUGGUCAGAGAUUGACAGUGCAACAGACAGGAAGGGCGCCAGUAACCAGGGGAUGACCAUAGAACAUGAGGCGUAGAGAAAGGGGGCACACCGUCCUCCCAGGUCAAAGCCGCCUUCUCCUCCUCGUUGUUUGAACGUGACGGGGUUGUGAGAUCAUCAAUGUUUGUUGUUUUCCGUGGCGCACCUUCUCCAGAGGUUCCCCUGACUGACACAGCCCUUCAGAGCAGAAGAAGAAAAAUAAUCAUCAGUAUCACUCUCACAGCUAUCAGUAACAAUUUAUACUGCCAUCUUGAUAGUAUUUGGUCUUAAGAAAUGAAAAUCGCAUUCCGACAAUGACAUUUGUUCGCUCAUGAAUAAGCACAGAGCAACAAUCGAAGGGCCUGUUUAGCUUUUGUAUACUUGAUCAAUCUGAGCUGCUUUCGUGUGGUAAAGGUUCAUGUAGUCUCUGAGUUAUUCACACAAUGUCUUGUUUUUUGUUGUUUUAGCGGCUUAGCACGGUAAUAAAUGGAGCUAUGAGUUGGCCAAAUGUUUGCACUUUCUUUAUAAAGUAAUAGUGGUGAAUAUGUGAUGUAACUGAUUAUUUCAGUAAAGGAUAUAUAUAUACUUUUUCAUCCACCAUGUUGUGUCGUGGAAGUGAAACGGAUGCAUGCUCUCAUCUCAGGAUGUCAACACACUUUGUUAUAGUGAACUGUAUCACCUGAUGUUCCUACCUUUGCUUGGAUAAAGAAAGAACAAAAAAGUGUAGUGAUUAGUAAAAACCAUUUGAAUAAGGGCUCUUCACACAUAGCAUGAGUGGGGAUGUUUCUGUCACACUGAAACACCUGAAAGCUGGUUGCUGCUAAAUAUCUAAGCCACUGUGUGGCAGCCUACAACACACUGCCGGCCUGAAGCUUCCUGUGUGUGGAGGCGCAUCAUGUGAAACCUUUGUAAUGGUGCACAUCAGCACACCAUCAGAAAGCAGACAGUGAUUUUCUAAUCCCGCAGAGCAAAAAACAGAACAGCUACAGCUGCUUUCAGCGGUAACAGAAUUACUUGGUAGAAUGUAUACAUGUUUAGAAAAAAAAAAGCUUCUUUGUGACAGCCAGCGUCAAUCUAUAUUUUUCUAUUCUUCUGUGUGCCGAGACGAUGCACUGUACAGUUGUGCUGCCUUAUAACAAUAAAAUGAGCUCAUCUUCAACUAUC